GGAUGACUGUCGUUCAUUCCUCUUGAACUUCAGAAAGAUGAAGACCAAAAACAAUAAGAAGACCGUUUUGAAAUUUUCUGGAAUACUGCUGGGAAUCCUCCUACUUUCUAUUUUAAUUUUGUUUUCUGUUGUGAUCGGUAGGGCAUUUACAUUCAAAGUGAAUACAGAACUUGGACAAUGGGAAAAUACAACCAACAUUUAUCCUGAUUUAAGUCCAGAACAGAGAAAGAAUCUGCUGCAAAAUUUCAAAGAGGCAAUUCAGAUUCCCACAGUGUCAUUUUCAGAGUCGAACCAGAACACAAGCGGGCUGCAAGAGUUUGACCUGCUACUAAGGAGAGUCUUCCCAAAGGUCUUCUCAUCCAGCCUGGUCAAACAUGAGCUGGUGGGAAACUACAGCCACUUGUUCACGGUUCCUGGGAGAGAGCCUGAUCUGGAGCCGUACAUGCUGCUGGCUCACAUUGAUGUAGUCCCGGCCGAUGAGGCGGAUGGGUGGGACGUUCCUCCUUUCUCUGCUCAAGAGCUCAAUGGCUUCGUUUAUGGACGAGGAACCAUCGACAACAAACAGUCUGUGAUGGGGAUCCUUCAGGCGCUGGAAUACCUGCUGGAACGAGGUUACACCCCUCGCAGAAGCUUCUACAUUGGUUUGGGUCACGAUGAGGAGAUUAACGGCCAGAUAGGUGCUGUGAAUAUCGUGAAACUGUUGAAAAGUCAAGGAGUGAAGCUUCUGUAUGUUUUAGAUGAAGGUCUCACGAUUAUGGAUGGUAUUGUAGAUGGCCUAAAUGAACCUGCUGCCCUAAUUGGUGUAAGUGAGAAGGGUCAAGCUACAGUAAAGCUGAGUGUCAGCAGUGCUCCAGGACAUUCAUCCAUGCCUCCCAGAGAGAGCAGCAUUGGCAUCUUGGCUUCAGCCGUCAGAAGUUUGGAGAAGAACCGGAUGCCCAAUCUUUUUGGUCAUGGUCCUGAGCGUGCUACUUUUGAGUACCUGGCACAUAAGUUCGGCUGGCCACACAAAAUGAUCAUGUCUAAUCUCUGGCUCUUCUCUUCAAUGCUCAGCGGUAUUUUGGAAGGACAGCCUGACACAAAUGCCUUUGUGAGGACAACAACUGCCGUCACAAUGUUUAACUCAGGUGUGAAGAUUAAUGUAAUGCCAGCAUAUGCUGAGGCCUUUGUCAAUCUCCGCAUCCACUCAGCCCAAACGUUGCAAGAGGUUCUAAAGCUGAUCGGAUCCACCAUAUCCGAUGAGCGUGUGAAGGUAGAGUUGGUGAGUGGAUUUGACCCUCUGCCCAUCAGCUCCUAUGAUGAUGAUACAUUCGGGUACCAGAUCAUAAAGAAAACAGUGAAUGACAUUUUCCCUCAGGUCGCUGUAACUCCUGCUAUAUGUGUGGGCAACACUGACAGCCGGCACUACACUGAACUGUCUCGGGACAUUUAUCGCUUUGCCCCAUCAUGGUACAAACCCGGUGAUUCUGCGAGAUUCCAUGGUGUGAAUGAGAGAAUCUCCAUCCAAAACUAUGAAGAGAUUGUGCUGUUCUACUUUCAACUCAUGCAGAAUAGUGACAUUAGGAACUUGUCGCCACCUCGCACCUAAAAAAACACUGAUGUCAUGCUUUGGAAUCUGUGUAAUUUAUUACCUUAGUUCUGUAUAAAUGAACUUGAAUAUAAAAGCUGUAUAAAAACAUUCAAAAGUUUGGGGUCAGUCAGAUUUUCUAUUUUUUGGUCAAAAUUGACAGUAAAGAUAUGAAGAGUU